CUAGUUAGUAAGGUGGUUUUUACUACAAUGGGAACGUAUUGGCAGGAGUCCUGUCCUGCCCUUAUUUUAGUUUGGUUGUUUUGUAGUGCUUUUGCAUUUGAAUUAGGACAUAGUUUUCUCUAUCCUGAAGAGGAUAGCUCUAAAGAUGAGAGAAACUUGGCUUUUGAAGGAAAUUCAAACCUUGGAGUUGAUGGGAGCACAUCUUUUGAAGGUGGUGUGUUUUCUGUAAACCAUCUCUAUAAAACUCAUCGAGGUUAUAGCAGUUCUGAUUUAUCAAUUCCAGCAGUGGCACCUAAAUACUACAAAGAGCUGACAUUUCAAGAAGAUGAUGCCAGUGAUUCUAGUCCCUUGAAGGCUGUGCCUGACUUUAUCAAUAUGGCUGCUCACCAGGCCUCCCCUGAUUUGGAAAAUGAGAAUUUGAGAGCCAGAAUUUCAAAUGGGCACCUUUGGAAUGAUGUCUUAACAGAUAUUUCCAAUGUUUUAUAUGAUGUUAACUGGAGAGCAGAUCUUCUAGAUGGAGAAAGUUCACCAUUUAACUUCUAUGGGGUGUUCAGUUUGUCAAAGUCUGAUAAAGUAUGGGGUGAUCAAAGUCCUGCCUUUGUUUUACCUCCAAAAAAUGAAUCCUCUUGUGGUAAAGAUGGAGCACAUCACCACCACUACCCACAUUCUGUUGGAUGCAAUAUGGCUAACAUGACAGUUGUAUUUAAAGGACAUCCAAAAGAGCUCUUUGUACAAGUUAACUCCUCUACACUUUUGGAUAUUUCUAAUCUUCUGCCUAAGUGCAAGUAUGAUAUAAAUGGAAAGCAUGGGUCUUUCCAUUUUACUACUCCAUAUAAUGGCUGUUAUGUCAAGAAACUGGGUGACUGCUUUGUCCUCAACCUUGUAUGGAAAAACAAGCCUGUGGUUCUUUCUUGUCCUGCUGAACCCACACCAAUCUUGCUUACAUUUUGCCAAAGGGACAAAAUGACAAUUGUCCUUCCUGAAGGUCCUCUAGACCUGCUGAAAGUCAAAGAUCGCUUUAAUAAAUGGAUAACUGCUUACAAGAUUGCACACAAGUGCAAAUACCUUGUAUGGAGGGAUUCUUUGGGUAGAAUUGUCUUCUCAGCUUCUUUUAAAGCCUGCCAUGUGAUGGAAAUGAAGGAUGAUUAUGUUCUAACAGUAAGCUAUAAAUCAGCUGGAGCAACUGGACAAGUGGUGAUGUCUUGCCCUGUUGAAACCCAUGUCCAGCAUCCUUACCACUAUCUGGAUUUCCCAAAUUUGUUGUGUGCAAAGAAUGGGAUUAUAAUUCACCUCCCAAAAUGGAACUUGCAGGCUAUUCAACUAAAAGAUGUAUUUGGAAAUGCAGUAAAUAUUGAGGAUGUUGCAGAAGAUUGUGACUUCAGGCUCAUUCGUGAUAUGGCUUCAGUCACGUUAAUAGCCUCCUUUGAAAGCUGCAAUGUAAAAUUACAGGGCAAGCAGCAUGUACUGACUGUUAAGUACAUAAUGUCUGGAAUGAACAAAUCUGUCAAUGUCCGAUGUGAACAAUCCAUGAAGCCAAGAAUUCACUGCAGGGUGUCAAACAUGACAAUAGAGCUACCACAUGGACCCCUGGAGAAAGUUUUCAUAAAAUCUCAACUUAAUAAGUUGAUUGCAGUCAAAGAUGCUCCCAAAUACUGCAGGUACCAUCUGGUCCGAGACCGUGGCAUGAACCUUCUGACUGCAUCUUACUUGUCCUGUGAUGUUAAGACUGUGAAUUACAACUAUGUCUUGCCAGUCUUCUAUACAUCAGCUUCUGGUAAGCAAGGUUCUGUAAACAUGGAAUGCCCAGCAACAACUGGAAAACCUAGGGUCAUCUGCAGAAGGUCCAGUAUGACUGUGUACUUGCCAAAGGUUCCAAUAGAACAAAUCCGACUCAGAAACCAUCAUGGAAAGACUGUCCCCAUCCAUGCUGCCAAGCACUGCCACUACAUUUUAAUGGAAGGAAACCGGCGCCUGAUUUUCACAACUUCCUACAAGGCCUGUGAUGUGCAAAUAAAGCACAGGCAUUACAUCUUGACUGUGGUGUAUACAAGUGACACAAAGGGCGAGGCAUCUGUUGAGAUGAAAUGUCCAGUUGAAGAAACAGAGACUAUUCCCAGCCAGUCAGUGACUUGUGGCAAAUCUGGAAUGACUAUGUUGCUUCCAAAGGGUUCCCCAGAGGAUGUGAAAAUCAUUGACUAUCUUGGUAACGAGGUUGCAGUGAGAAAUGUUUCAAAACCUUGCCAGUACAUGUUGGAAAAGCAUUGGAAUGGAAGUGUGUCUUUCACAGCCCAUUAUAGGAGCUGUGAUGUAAAAUUGCAGGGGGGCUAUUACAUGCUGACUGUACUCUACAAGCCGUUGAGUGGCCCAAAAUUGGUUGGACACAUGAGAUGUCCAGCAAGUGACCAAAGCAGCCAUACUCCUCAUGACUUUCCAGUUGUGAUAUGCGAGUCUACUAGUAUGAUGGUGGAACUGCCUGUAGCUUCAGAUGUCAAAGUUUUGGAUGCAGAUAAGGAACAUCACAUACUUGGUAUUGCCAAGGAGUGUGGCUAUAAGCUAAGAGAGAAAGAAAAUACUCUGCUCUUCACGACCACUUAUGAUGGCUGUCAUGUACGUAUUUUGGAUGGUCAUUAUUCUCUGACAGUGGUGUAUAGAUCCAUCGGUGAAGAGAAAUUCUGGCUGCAGAUGAAAUGCCCAGUUCAAGCAUAUCCAGGGCAGUCAACUCCACCUGCUAUUGUGCCAACAAAACCAAUUCCAUAUGUGACUUGCAAAAAUGCCAGUAUGACUGUGAUGUUACCAGACUCUAAUCUUGAUGGGAUUACAGUCAAAGAUGCUUUUGGCCAAGAAGUGCAAGUGGACAGUGUGCCAAGUUAUUGUGGCUACCAACUGGUUAGGAGUCAUGGAAAAAUAAACUUCACUAGUCUUUAUGGUGCUUGUGAUGUGUCCAUUGAGCAUGGCAAGUAUGUUUUGACAGUGGGCUAUAAACUAACUCAUGGGCCAAAGAAGUAUAUAACCUUAAGAUGUCCGGUCCUGGUAGUGCCCGCAGACAGCUCUUCAGUAAUUUGCAAAUAUGAUGGCAUGAAUGCAGUCCUACCUGAUGGCAAGCUAAAUAAGGUCAAAAUAAUAAAUAUGUUUAAUGAAGAAUUGAUUGUGAACCAGGCUCCUGUGGAGUGUGGCUAUAGCCUAGUAAAAGUACAUGGAAAAAUUACUUUGACUGUCCGGUACACGUCUUGUGAUGUUACUGUGAAGCAUAAUAUGUAUUGGCUCACUGUUCUGUACACGCCAGCUAAGGGUACAGAAUUGUCUCUGACCAUGAGCUGCCCUGUUGUGGCGCCAAGCGUUCCUACUACUACCACCGUCAUGACUCCCAGCAGUCAGCCCACUGUGAUCUGUGGAAGCUCCAGCAUGAGGGUGAUUCUGCCAAAUGGGUCUCCUGACUGGGUCCGCAUCAUAAAUAACUCUGGGUAUGAGGCACAGGUGGUGUCUCAACCAAGAAGCUGUGGCUAUUUACUGGAGGAAGGUCACAAUUAUCUUUCCUUUACAACUUCAUACCAAGCGUGUGAUGUAACAAUUUUGGGUAGUUUUUAUGUUCUCACUGUAAUCUAUGCACCAGAAGUUGGUCAACAACUGGUAGUGAAUAUGAAAUGCCCAAAUGCUUCUGGAGACUUUGGCUUUACCACCCUUCCUCCGCUAACUUCCCAGAAGCCCUCCACUCUUCCUCCGUCCCCUACGGUUUUCUGUCAAGCAGCCAGCAUGAUGCUGGUAUUGCCUGGUUUGCACUAUGAAAUUCAAAUACUUGACAAGGCCAGUGGGAGAGUUGCGGUGAAUCGUUCGUGUGGAUACACAGUGACCAAACAUGAUGGAAGUUUAAUUUUCUCAGCUCUUUAUGAUGCAUGUGAUGUCAACAUUCAGCAUCACCAUUAUGUACUGACGGUGCUAUACAAAUCUGCUCAUAAUCCAUGGAAAUCUGUAACCAUGAGAUGUCCAGUCAAGGUACCAACAACUGCUCCACCUACAAAGCCUACCAUCCAAAUCUCUGUGACUUGCAGGGCUAAAAGCAUGAUAGCAAUACUACCAGAUGGGCCUACAGAUCAAGUCAAAUUAGUUGACUUGCUUGGUGAAGCAGUACCUGUGAGCGCUGUUUCUCCAGAAUGUGGGUAUGUGCUGAGGAAAGUGAAAGGGAAGAUUAUUUUUACUGUUCCAUAUGACUCCUGUGAGGUUUCUGUUGAGGAGGGUGACUAUGUACUUGUGGUGGUUUACCAACCUUUUGGAGGCGUGCAGAUGUCCAUUACUCUUAGAUGUCCAGUUGGUGAUGUGAUACAAACUACAGCCCCAAGUCCUUUUACUAGUAAAAAUACUACAACACUAAGAUCUCUACCAACUUCCACAACCAUGCCAGCAGUUGGUCCUUCAAAUGUGAUGUGCAGUGACACUAGCAUGAUGGUAACGCUACCCAAGGCCUUACCCGAUAGUAUCAAAAUAAUUGAUAAAUUUCAUCAAGUAGUAGCUGUGGUAAAUGCUCCAGUAAGCUGUGGGUACAAGGUUGUGAUAGGUUUCGUACAUCUUGUGUUCAUAACUUCCUAUACAGCUUGUGAUAUACGCAUUGUGGAUGGCUUCUAUGUGCUGACUAUGUAUUAUACAACUGAAAAUGGGCAGCAAAUGAAGGUGCAUAUGAAGUGUCCCACCUCUUCUGGAGAUGCUGGGCUAUCUACAACCAUCCCUCCUACUAAUGUAGUGAAAAGUACACCCAGUGCACCUCCUGUUACCUGCAACUUCUUCGCAAUGAGUGUGAUGCUUCCUGAAGGAUCUCCGACAGAUGUGCUUAUUCUAGAUAAUCGAAAUGAAGCCGUGCCAGUUAACCAGCUUCCUUCAAGGUGUGGUUAUGUGCUUAGAAGAAAACCUGGAGGCCUCCUCCUGACUGCACAAUACACAUCUUGUGAUGUCCGAAUUAAGAAUCAAUUCUACAUGCUGAGUGUGCUGUAUACACCUUCUGGUGGAGUUGAAACAUCUGUGACCAUGCAAUGCCCAGUCAUUCAACCACCAACAACCAUGUCAACCACUACAACCAUGCCAGUGACGCCCAGUAUCCCUUUAGUGAUUUGCCAAGAAUUCACCAUGGAAGCGAUAUUGCCUGCUGGGUUGCUUAGUCAGGUUAAAAUAACAGAUUUCUUCAAUCAAAGUAUGGCUGUGAACCAGGCUCCAAAUGAGUGUGGCUAUACACUAAGAAAAGCGGGUGGAAAGAUUGUUUUCAGCACUCCAUAUGAUGCAUGUGAUGUGUAUAUUAAGUAUAACCAGUACAUCUUGACUGUGCUAUACCAACCUUAUGGACAUUCCCAGAAGUCUGUGACCAUGAGCUGUCCAGUUGUUGAGCCAACACAACCCACCACCACCACCACUACUACUACCACAAAGCCUACAACCUCCAUUGCACCACCCAAAACACUUUGCAGAGGGUCUAGCAUGAUGGUGGUUCUACCAGGCGGUGCCCCAGAAAAUGUUAAAAUAAUAGAUAAACUUCACAGAGAGGUACCUGUCAUCACUGCACCCAAAAGCUGUGGCUACACACUUGUUAAACAAUACAAGCAACUGGUCUUUGCCUCCUUAUAUACGGCAUGUGAUGUCCAAAUAAAGACUGUGUCCUUCCAGGGUGGCUUUUAUGUUCUUCUUGUGGUCUAUACAACUCCAAAUGGUGUGAAAAUGAAGGUUCAUAUGAAGUGUCCUACUACUGGAUCCCUUUUUCCAACUACACUAGCUCCAACAACAAGGAGCAUUUGGACCACACCUAGUGCUCCUAUUCUGAUCUGCAAAGCUUCAAACAUGAUGGUGUUGCUUCCAAUGGGCUCCAUAAAUGAUGUCAAAGUAAUAGUUGAAAAAAAUGAGGCAUUGCCUGUGGUUCAGGCUCCUAGAGACUGUGGGUACUUACUGGAGAAAAGGCCAAUCAAUCUUGCGUUUUCUGCCCUUUAUACCUCCUGCAACAUAAGAAUUUUGAGAAAUCAUUACGUUCUGAAUGUACUGUACUCACCUGAUGGUGGUAUGGAGAUGUCUGUGACCAUGAGAUGCCCAAUCAAAGUACCUACAACUACUAAAAUGCCAUCUAGCACCAGUACACUUUCCACAAAGGGUUUUACUCCCAUUGUAAUCUGUCGCAGUUCUAGUAUGAUGGUCACUUUGCCUGAUGGCUCUCCACAGUCUGUCGGUGUCUUGGAUGCUCUUGGUGAGCAAGUGGCUGUGACCCAACAACCUUCAAGCUGUGGAUAUACACUGAUAAAAACCCGAGGAAACCUGCAGUUCACUGCCCUUUAUAAAGCUUGUGAUGUGCAGAUCAUAGGUGGCUCAUAUGUUCUUGACAUCAUGUACCAGCCUUCAAGUGGGCCAGAAAUAGCUGUCCAGAUGGAAUGCCCAACUACCUUUGGGGAUGGGCUGACUACGAUCACUACUAUGCCGUCCAGAACCACAAUAUUCACUGUCUCUAUAAAACCUACUGUGAUUUGCAGCUCUACCAGCAUGACGGCAAUGCUUCCAGAUGGCUCUCUUGAUGAUGUUCAGAUAAUAGAUCUUGCUCAUGAGGUGGUUCCUGUAACACUGACGCCACAAGGAUGUGGAUACGCCUUAGAAAGAAAGCGAGGAUCGCUCUUCUUUUUUGUUAAAUACACAGCAUGUGACAUCAAUAUCUUGAACAAUAAUUAUGUCUUGACUGUGCUGUACAAACCAGCUGGAGGGUCUAUAAUGUCUUUGACAAUGAGUUGCCCAGUUGGUGUCCAGAUGACAACUAUGACCACUACCCUUUCCAAGCCGUAUACCCCAAGCCCUCCUGUGACCUGUGGAGAGUCUAGCAUGAGUGUGACCUUACCUUAUGGACCUCUAGAUCAGGUGAAAAUAGUGUCUUUCAAUGAAACCGUUGCUGUAUACCAGGCCCUUCCAGAGUGUGGCUACAUUUUAAGGAGAGUUGGGAGAAAGAUGGUCUUGAAAGUACCCUAUGAUGCAUGUGACGUUUAUAUAUGGCACAAUACUUAUAUUGUGACAGUGCUAUAUGUGCCUGCUCAUGGGGUUCAGAGCCCUGUAACCAUGAGAUGUCCAGUAAUUAAACCAUCUCCUCCAACAAUCGCAACGUCCACUAGGAUAACCACACAUAUCCUUUCAAGUGCUGUGAUUUGCAGAGGCUUAGACAUGAUGACUAACCUACCUGAUGGUCAUUUGGAAGAGGUUCAUGUAAUUGAUAAACAUUACAAGGAAGUGGCAGUAGUUACUCGUCCUAAAAGUUGUGGCUACACACUGGUGAAAAGAAACCAUCAACUGUCCUUCACUGCACUAUACAAAUCUUGUGAUGUCAGAAUUUCUGGUGGCUUCUACUUGCUUAUGGUCAUUUACAAGCAUAGAAGCGGUUCACAAAUGAGAGUGCAAAUGAGGUGCUCAACAACUGGUGCAGAUUUGCCAGAAGCUACCACGACCGCAACAUCUGCAAUCAAGCCUUUGCCUCUCCCUAUAGCUUGUAAAUCUUUGAGCAUGAUGGUGGAGCUUCCUGUUGAAUCACUCCAGGAUAUUCUGUUAAUUGGUGAUUCUGAACAAAUUCCAGUUGUGCAAGUCCCAAGAGCUUGUGGGUACACACUGAUUAAAGCUCUUGGCCAUGUGACUUUUUCCAUACCCUACAAAGGCUGUCAUGUUAAUCUUCAGGGUGGCCAUUAUGUUCUGGAAGUACUCUACAAACCUGCUGGUGGGAUGUGGAAGUCUUUGACAAUACGUUGUCCUACUCAAGAUCUUCCCGUAACGACCACAGCCUUUCCAGCUUCUCUGCCUAAAGUGAUUUGUGGAUCCUCUGGUAUGAGGGUCCUAUUGCCUAAUGGUUCUGCAGAAGAUGUUAAAGUUCUUGAUAAAAACUUGCAGAAAGUGCCAGCCAUUGCUGCUCCUGAACACUGUGGCUAUGCUGUGCAGAAGGGUCCCAACUAUGUCUCCUUUAGUGCACUCUACACUGCCUGUGAUAUGUCCAUUGUGCACCACCAUUACAUACUGACUGUCUACUAUAAGACUGCUAGAGGAACCUCCAUGGUUGUGGAUAUGAAAUGUCCCCUUCUCUUUACACCAAGCACACCGGUCACUGUAAAGCCUGAGACUCCUCCAGUAAUGUGCCACAAGUCUGCAAUGAGUGUAAGGCUGCCUACUGCCUCUGUGCAACUUGUGAAGAUCCUAGACAAAGUAGGUAAAGAAGUAUCGGUGGUCAGCCUGGCAAGUAAAUGUGGAUAUCAUCUAGUCAAAGAGAAGGAUAUCUAUUUCAGUGUCCCUUAUACAGCCUGUGAUGUCAAGAUAUUGGAUCACCAUUAUGUGCUAACCGUGAUCUACACCUCCUUUGCUGGGCACAGGACGAUGAUCCACUUGAGGUGUCCUGUUCCUGCACCCUCUCCAAUUGAAGCUGGAGUGUCUUGUUUGGAGGACUGUAUGUCCAUUGAGCUGCCAUUGGGUCCUCUUAAUGAAGUCAAAGUAGUUGAUUCCUUUAACAGCUUGGUAGUAGUGGUUAGCCAAGCUCCCAAAUCUUGUGGGUUUAGCCUGGUGGAGGAAGCUACAAAGCUAGUCUUUUCUGCUGCUUAUAAAGGGUGUCAUGUCAAGACUGUGAGUAAACAUUAUGAGCUAACGAUUGUUCAUCAGACCAGUACUGGAGAAAAGCUGAAAAGGCACAUGAUGUGCCCUGUACAGAGGAUUGUGGCUCAUCAAGGCUGCAACCUACCAAGGAAUAAACAAGUGACCUGUGGUCCUCCUGGUGCUAAACCCCACUCCUGCUUGGCUAAUGGAUGUUGUGUGGAUGAAGAAACGUCACACUGCUAUUACCCCAUGGAUACAUGCACAGCAGAUGGCCACUUUGUCUUUGCGGUUUAUCGCACUGCCAGUAAACCUGAAGUGGACCCGGCAACGUUGGUGGUUUCAGGCAACCAGUCUUGUCUCCCUGUGAUCUGCACUCCAGAAUUUGCCAUUUUUAAAUUCCCAGUGACUGGCUGUGGCACCUACGUCUUUGUCAUUGCUGAAACCACAAUUUAUGUGGCUGAAGUUCAAGGCCUAAUCAGACGCAAGCUACAAACGUAUGGACUGAUUACAAGAGACAGUCCAUUUCGUCUCCAGGUGGAAUGUCACUACUCCAAAGGAAGUCUGACUAGCACUGGCUACUUAGUGAUGAAUGUGUCUCCUCCUCCUGCUUCCAUUUCCUCUGGGCAACUUGGAGUUUCUUUAAGAAUUGCCAUAGAUGAAAGCUACUCUUCAUUUUACCCAUAUUCCCAGGUACCCCUUAGCUUUUUGUUGGGUAAGACCGUCUACCUGGAACUCCUACUUGUAAACCCACCUGAACCGAAUAUGGUGUUGCUGGUACAUUACUGCAUUGCAUACCCUCGUUCUUCAAUGAAUGCUUGGGUACUCAUCUAUGAAGGGUGUCCACGUAAUGAAUCUGCAGUCAAUUUGAUUCUAAAAGAUUUGGCGGGGUAUCCUUUGCCAAAAUAUAUCCGUCGCUUUAACCUCCAAACAUUUCAGUUUUUGGACCCCAGGACUUGGAAACACUUGGAUGAAGAGGUUUACUUUAUGUGCUCCACUGAAAUUUGCCCAGCAGCACCUCAUGCUUGCAAUGAAGGCUGCUUUGAUGGAAGAAUAAUGCCAAGCCCUGCUUCUGAUGCUUUAGAUAAACGCUGCUCAGGAAGUCUUUGUCCCAAAAGUGCCCACAUUGCCAAGAGAGCCAUUGAAGGGGCUGUAGCCAUGUCUGAAAAGCUAAACCCAGAGAACUUUCAUCUUUAUGGUAAUCCUUUUUACAAGCUGACCCUCCUAUUCUUAGGACUCCUCUGCUUGGUUGCUGCUGCUGCAGCCCUGUUAAUUAUCAGAAAUGCUAUGCAAGAUGUGCAUUAACUAAAUAAAGCCAAU